AUGUCUGCAUACUCGUCUGAAGACGACUUUCCACAGCUCAGCGCCAUCCUCGCGCCCAAACCACUGAUGGCUACCUGCACAAAUCCCAUCCUGCGACGAUCACCACGCAAGAAGGGACCAGUUGAGGAGUCUACAUCGCCUCAGAAGAGACAACGAGAAGUGCCGAGCCCAGUCAAGAGAGUUGGACACAAUAACUUCCAAGCCCCGGCGAAUGGGCGUAACCGCAAAGAAACUACGAAGCCCGAGAAGACAAAGUCGUCCCUUCUCAAAGACAUCCCGCCUCUCCCGCGAAAUCUCACUGUUGCCGAAACCCAUGUCACUUCCAACAACCGCCGCUCUCCAAUGAGCCCGCAACGGAGCCUCAGGCUAGCCCAUGUCGACUCACUGCUGGUUCCAUUGAAGGCACUGGCCAUGGAAGAUGGUGAGCUGUUGUCUGUAUUGGCAGAUUCGAAAAAGCCCGUCAGGUCUCCAAUACGAGAGAACGCAAUACGGCCAAGAGAGAAUAAUGUGCAGAAGAAGAAGGCGGCGCACAACCCUGUGAGCAGAUUUUUCCUUAAGGAGGCUCGAUGCAACGACGAUAGCGGAGAUUCAGGCAGGGACGACGACGAGGAUGAAGACACAGAUCUGAGUGGCUUUAUUGUCGAUGACGAUGCGGAACUGAGCUACCACGAGUCUUCAGCGUCAAUUUCGGACGAUGAUGAUUAUACAAGGCCGACAAUAAAACUCCCCAAAACGCGUCCGCGAAGAAGGCUGCACCGUGGAUCGCCAACUCGACGGCGCCUUAGCUUUGGUGAUCAUGAAGGCUCGGACAAGGAGAACGAUCCGGCAGAGACGCUAUCAAAAGCACUGCGAGAUAUUUCUCUAGGGGGCAAGGGCAUCAAGAUGAAGAAGGAGGAAGUUGAAGUGAUUGAUCUUACCUCCUCCCCAGAGCCCAAAAUUAACGCUGGACCCGAUUUACUCUCAUCUCGACCUCACCGUGCUCUCCCAUCGAGGGAUCUUUUUCAAGACUCGAAUCCCUUCAAGAACUUUGAGCCUCAUUGUCAACUCCCUCCACCUGCUGCAGAGCCUACCCUCAUGAUUCCCUCAAAGGAUCAACUUGUCGACCGUUAUUCCGACGACGCCUCUACAGACGCAGGAGUGAAACCUGUCGACAAGAUGGAAGACCACUUCAAGACACCACCUGCCACACCACCCCGAUCACCGUCGAAACUCAAGUCGCCCUCAAAGUUGCUGUCCCCUUCCAAGCGACAGGCCAUUCCACAGUCACCGCAUCGCCAGAGUAUGGACGCGUUCUGGGAUCAUAAUGUGAUCAACGAGUGGAACGAUGAAUACUCUCCGAAGAAAGCACCAGUAGCGUCUCCAAGGAAAGGUCUCCUUGGUCGAUUUCAGGUGUGGUCAGACUCAGAGGAUGAGGAGCAGGACAAAUCUUUUGACAAAUGUGACUCACUUCCCAGCCCUUGCUCUUCAUCACGCAAGUCAAAGUCAAGGACCAAAAGUCCAGAGAAGGAAGAAAAGAAACGCCUGGCAGAAGAGAAACGGGCUGCCGCAGCACGGAAGAAGGCCUUCGACUCCCAGAAACAACACCUUGCAUGGGACUUGCUACGUGAGCUCGAUGAUAAAGUCGCCGGCUCCCAACUCGACCGCUUAUCGUCCAGCACAGGCGGUGUGCGCAUCAUCUGGUCCAAAACCCUGCGUUCCACAGCCGGUCGAGCAAAUUGGAAACGAACCGUCACAAAGCCAUCCGGUUCGCCCGUGAAAGGCAACAGCAUGAACGAACACAGCGGUCCCGAGGUAAAGGUGCAGCACUUUGCGUCGAUUGAACUCGCCGAAAAGAUCAUUGACUGUGAAGACCGUCUGGUCAACACGCUUGCACACGAGUUCUGCCAUCUGACCAACUUCAUGAUCAGUAACGUGCGCGAUCAGCCUCAUGGUGCCAGCUUCAAGAAAUGGGCCGCCAAAGUCACGUCGCAUCUGCGAUCCACUGAUGUUGAAUCCUGGCGGAACGUGCAGGUCACCACCAAACACAACUACGCGAUCAACCACAAAUAUCUCUGGGUGUGCGUCGGCCCCAAGGAGAAGACUGCGGCGACGGACUCUCUCAACUGGGAGGAGCAGGAAGAGGGAUGUGGAGCGGAGUAUGGACGGCAUAGCAAGAGUGUUGAUGUCGAUAAACACCGAUGCGGGAAAUGUAGAGGGAGACUGGUCCAAGUCAGGCCGAAGCCCCGAGCGAGUCCCAUCAAGAAAGAAACAAAAGCAAGAGGUGUGCCAGGUUUGAAGAGGGAAGAGAGCGCAGAGAGCACAGUCUCGAGUAGCAGUGGCAGUGGUGGACUGGGCAGGAUGAUUGAGACGAUUGAUUUGAGCGACUGA